ACGUCCAAUAGAGGCUGAUCACAUGUUCAUAUAUCAACGGAGCCAGUUUUCGUCGAGCUCAGUAAGUGGAAAUCCUCAAGGACAUGGAGAGGUUACAAUUUGCUUGCUUUUUAGUCGUCGGGCUUGUUUUCAUGCUAAACCCAUUCCAAGCAGUUCAACCAAUUAAAAGACUCCGAAGACCCGGACCACAGAUUGUAGGAUAUCAAGGAAAGGCAGUUAACUUUACUUGGGCAUUUUCCAAUCUUUCUGGCGUCGAAUACAUAUAUUUUGAAACGUGGGAUACCGAAAAUAUAUAUUGGAAAGAUAUGCUGAUUAUUCUUACCCAAAAGUCCGAUGGCAGUUUCGAUGAAAGUAUUAGUGAUGUUAAAGAUUAUAAAGGACGUGUGAGAUGGGUCGGAAAUGCAUCAAAAGGGCUGGCUUCCUUCGAACUGUCUGAUGUAAGACAGUCGGAUAAAGGAACCUAUGCAUUAGAGAUUAUGUACAUAGGGGGUGUAUUCCAAUUCGAUGAUAAAACGGAACUUGUCGUUAAGCAGAUGCCAUCGCACUUCACAUCUACUUGUGACAAUAUGUCACAUAAUCGUGGUAAACAAGCUACAUUCAGAUGGAGUUACAGAUUAACAAAUACCGAUACAAAAGCUUUGUCUCGAAUCGUAUUUGGAGUUUACAGAGGAGAAACCUACAAACCUAUUUGUGUUGUUCAGGUGACGAAUGGCCAUGCCACAAAUUUCAACUGUUCAACGGGUGUGCGAGAAAAAGGUGGCCAAAUCAUUGCUAUUACACCUACAAGUACAGCAACCUUUGUACUUAGUAGUAUCGAUCUGGAAGAUGAGGCCGUGUAUUCUAUUCGACUCUGCUGGACAUUGGGAAAUAUAGAAUGUAAAAAACGUCUAAUUGUGACUGUUCCACCUGAGUUUGUUGAAAAGCCUAAAAGUACUGCUACCCUAGAGGACAGUGCUCUGAAGUUAACCUGUGCAGUUAAAGGGAAACCCCGGCCAACAAUAAAAUGGUUCAAAGACAACGACACAUUGGAGAUAAACUCCACCGAAUAUUUUACCAUACCUGAAACAACGAGAGGAGACGCUGGACAUUACCAAUGCGUUGCAGAAAACAAAGUAGGAAGGAUAGUAUCCGAGCCUAAAGCCAUAGUAGACGUGCAGUAUCCACCAGUCAUCAAUUCCUCAAAGAAAAUCAACAUAAUUCCUGUGCCAAUCGGAACAGACRUGUGGCUUUCCUGYCGYACUGUAGCAAAUCCUCCAGCAUCUGUYCKGUGGUUUGCCARUGGAAUUCUAGUGAAACGCAACGCCGAGGUUUUCCACUUAAAAGUUUCCAGUUCUUUUGAUUAUGCGAACUACACUUGUGUUGCUAAUAAUCCAUUUGGUCAAGACAAUAAAACUUUUGUCUUAACACAAGUUGGACCACCUCUGAAUCCACUAGUGGACUGUGAUACAAAGGGUGACGCCAGCCUUGGUCGUACGUUUAUGUUUCAUUGGAGUUCACCCAAGUACGAUGGAGGAUCCUCUGUAUUCAUGUACACCAUCAAACACCGCUCCUUUGUCAAGGCGUCACAAAGAAAUACACAGGCCUGGAAGAGUAUAAAUGUUACACACAAGACAACCUGGCACAAGUUUAGGCUUGAAUGGCAAAGGACCUUCGAGUUUACGAUCACGGCCUGGAAUACUUAUGGGGAGAGCACACUCGAUACUGAUAACACGUGCCUUAUUACAGUUGGCAAAGAUCCCGCCAAUUAUGAAACAACAAAAAUGCCAAAUCAUGAUAUCGUAUCAGAUCCCGCCAAUUAUGAAACAACAAAAAUGCCAACACAUUAUAUCGUAUCAGCUGCCGCAAAGAAAAAUUCAAGCAAUCUCAAGCCAAUAAAGAACUUAUGGCUGUAUGUUGGUGUUGGUGCUGGAGUGCUGGGGUUGGUAAUCAUAGUCUUGCUUCUAAACUCGUUCCGCAGAAAAAGAAAAUCUAAAACUAAUAACUUGCAUGGUCCCCACAAAAGUUUCGAAGCAUUGGCAAUGGAAAGCAACAUGCUUGAAGGUGCCUCAGUCAAUGGUCAUUUGCUUCAAACAGUUCCACAGUUUGGUACCAUCAGGAAGCAGUCAAUGGUGGGAAGCCCUCGCUACCAAAUGGAUCCUGAAUGGUACAUUCCACGAGAAAAAAUAUGCAUUCUGAAGGUUAUUGGUAAUGGGGCAUUUGGUCUUGUCUACAAGGGACGUGUGCAUGGUUUUGGACCAAACACUCUAGGGUGGAACCUAGUGGCUAUUAAGAGCCCUUACGCUGAUGCAUCUGAUGCUGAGGUGAAAGAUUUGAUGAAAGAAUUUGAGCUCAUGAAAACAUUGAGACCACACCCACACGUGAUAAAGUUGCUGGGAUGCGGGGAAGACGAAGGUCGCCCAUUGGUGGUUAUUGAGUACGUACCGUUUGGUGAUCUCUUGGGAUAUCUGAGAAAGAGCAGAGGAGAGAACGAUGACUACUAUUCUGAUCCAGAAAUCAAGCCCAACACAAAUCUGACAUCUCAACAGCUCCUUCGUUUUGCCUGGCAUACUGCUGAUGGCAUGGCUUACCUUGCCUCUCAAAAGAUCCUUCAUCGUGACCUUGCAGCGCGUAAUGUUCUUGUUGGUGAUGGCCUGUCCUGUAAGAUCACAGACUUUGGAAUGGCGAAAGAUGUCAGCAACGACGAUAUCUAUAUUCGAUCAACAGAGGGGCGUUUGCCAGUGAAGUGGACAGCCAUCGAGGCAUUGACCGGUGGUGGAGAGUACACCACACAAAGCGAUGUCUGGAGUUUUGGAGUUGUUCUUUACGAAAUAUGCACAAUAGGAGCUGAGCCUUUCCCAGGAGUUGCCGCUAAGGAAAUACCACAACACGUUGAGACAGGAUAUCGAAUGAAACGACCUGGCCACGUAGAUCCUGAUCUCUAUGACGUAAUGAUGAGCUGUUGGGAGACUAACCCUGAUGACAGACCAACAUUCCCAGAGUUGAAGGAAACACUCAUGAAGCUGGAAGAAGUUCAGUCGAGGGAUUACAUCAACCUAAACGAAUGUUUUUAUCAAAACGUGAGAGGUAAUCAAGGUACUCUAACACGUGCAGGAAAAGGAGGGACACUAAAGAGAGGCAAUUCUUAUCAUGUUCGACCGGGAGUAGAAGGCCACGUGACCGCCGUCUAAAGGCGACUAAAAAAAACCUCGUUCAUUUAUUAAAUAACUUCAUAAAAGUACAGUUUUAUAGCCGAGGCAAAUGCAAAAAAAAAAAAAUACUUGAAUAUUUUUAAGAAAACAAAAUCCAAUGUUACUGGUAAUUCCAUUCCAUUCAUGUUUUUAUGUAUACACGCAAUAGUGGGGGAUUACCAGUUGAAUAGGAUUUUGAGAAGCCGCAUAUAUAAUAAUAUAAAAGUUUAAAUAGCUCCCCCCUCCCGCCC